GCCGGCUGAGCCUCACACUUUCUCCCCGUUUUGUAACUUUCGGGUCUGGGAUGUAGGAAUAAAGCCCGGUGCUGGGACCAAAAAGGGGUGCCUAUUUGCAGCGGCUGGGCUGCUUGCUGGAGAACUUCCCGCCAGCGCCAGACAGCCAGGCCAAGUGGGGAGCGGACAGGCGGGCGGGCAGGUGGCCCCGGGCCGCCGCGCCCGCGCCUUGGCUCUGCCCCCUGGAGCCAAGCGAGCCUCUGCUCCCUCGUGGUGCGAGGGCGGUGAUGUUUUUCCUCCCACCCACUUUUGAGUCCCCCCUCCCCCUUCGCGCGCACUCAAGUUCUCGCCACAACCUGCGAGCCCCAGACCUCGGAGGAGCGCCCCAGGGAGCUCAGAGCGUGUGCAAGCGUGGCAGAAGGAAGAGGCCAGUGCCCAGCUUUAGCCCACCAGUCCUAGGAGUCUCUGAGCUGCAUUUUGCAGUAGCUCAAAGGAGAAGAGAGUGGAAAAUGGAAGGCAUAAAAUAUAUCGCCUCCUUGGUUUUCUUCUUUGUUUUCCUGGAAGCAAGCAAAACAGAGCCAGUAAAACACUCAGAGACAUAUUGCAUGUUUCAAGACAAGAAGUAUAGAGUUGGUGAGAAAUGGCAUCCCUACCUGGAACCAUAUGGACUGGUUUACUGUGUGAACUGCAUCUGCUCAGAGAAUGGGAAUGUGCUUUGCAGCCGAGUCAGAUGUCCAACUCUUCAUUGCCUUUCACCCGUGCAUAUUCCUCAUCUGUGUUGCCCCCGUUGCCCAGAAGACUCCUUACCACCGAUGAACAAUAAGGUGACCAGCAAGUCCUGCGAAUACAAUGGGACCACCUACCAACACGGAGAGCUCUUCAUAGCUGAAGGGCUCUUUCAGAACCGGCAGCCCAAUCAGUGCAGUCAGUGCAGCUGCUCGGAGGGGAAUGUGUAUUGUGGUCUCAAGACUUGCCCCAAACUGACCUGUGCAUUCCCAGUCUCUGUUCCAGAUUCCUGCUGCCGAGUAUGCAGAGGGGAUGGAGAAUUAUCAUGGGAACAUUCUGAUGCUGAUAUCUUCCGGCAACCUGCCAACAGAGAAGCAAGACAUUCUUACCUCCGUUCCCCCUACGAUCCUCCACCAAGCAGACAAGCUGGAGGUCUUCCCCGCUUUGCUGGGAGCAGAAGUCACCGGGGAGCUGUCAUUGAUUCUCAGCAAGCAUCAGGGACCAUCGUGCAGAUCGUCAUCAAUAACAAGCACAAACAUGGACAAGUGUGUGUUUCCAAUGGAAAGACCUAUUCUCACGGAGAAUCCUGGCAUCCAAAUCUACGAGCUUUUGGCAUUGUGGAAUGUGUUCUAUGCACUUGUAAUGUCACCAAGCAAGAAUGUAAGAAAAUCCACUGCCCCAAUCGAUACCCCUGCAAGUAUCCUCAAAAAUUAGAUGGAAAGUGCUGCAAGGUGUGCCCAGAAGAACCUCCAAGUCAAAACUUUGACAGCAAAGGUUCCUUUUGUGGAGAAGAAACCAUGCCUGUAUAUGAGGCUGUGCUCGUGGAGGAUGGAGAGACAGCCAGAAAAGUAGCACUGGAGACCGAGAAACCACCUCAAGUAGAGGUUCACGUUUGGACUAUUCGAAAGGGCAUUCUCCAGCACUUCCACAUUGAGAAGAUUUCCAAGGAGAUGUUUGGGGGUCUCCAUCAUUUCAAGCUGGUGACUCGAACCACCAUGAACCAGUGGAAGAUCUUCGCUGAAGGAGAAGCUCAGCUCAGCCAGAUGUGCUCAAGUCGGGUGUGCAGAACAGAACUGGAAGAUUUGGUCCAGGUUUUGUACCUGGAGAGACCUGAAAAGGACCACUGUUAGACAAAACAGUCAGGAUUGAAUAGUAUCAAUCAAGGAAACCCAAGCUGCAGCUGGACUGCCGGCUUACUUUACUUAAGUCAACAGUGCUCCAAAACCCCAAAGUCAACCUCAGUCAAAUUAUCCAGUCACAGCACACCUUGUUCCUCUAUGUGCAGCGGUGUGCCAGCCCUCAAACAUCUCCUGUAAAGAGAAUAGAGGAGUCUUUAAUGGUUUCUGGGGGUGGGGGGAGAAGGGAUAGGACUUUGUGGUACAGCUCUAUUUUCUCUGAGAAUCACAUUUAUUUGCAGGUUAAAGUAGAAAAGAAAACCACUUUUUAGGGAUUCUAUGUAGAAAGUCACAAGAGAGAGAGAGAGAAAUUGCUGAGUUUGAGUUGGAUCAUGCCAAACAAAUUUGUGUGAAAUACUUUUUGAAUGUUCAAGUGUCUUCCCUACUUUAAAAAUGUUAUUCAGUUGGUGGUUGAACAGUCAGGUGAUUAUGGAGCACAUACCUAUAAUAUGUGGAGACCUGGGUUCUAGUCUCAGAACUGACAAAAAAAUUUCUAUCCUCAUAUCUCACAUGCACACACACACACACACACACACACACACACACACACACAGCACACGAAACUGCAUUUCUUUCUGGCUCCUAAACACCUUUGUGGUUGUUCGUAUCCAGGGAAACAAACUAAAAAUGUAUGCAAAAAACUCUGCCCUCAAGCCUUUGAGGCAGGUUGUAAGAAAUCAGCCAUAGUCUUAGAGUGAAGAAUGCCAUUUGUGGGUCUUGUUUCCUUCGAAGUACUAAAUACAUUUUGCCUAGUAAUAUCACUUCUCUUUUCUUAUCUGGCACCCCCAUUAGGAAGGUAGAAUUUGGAGAACUCAUCAGAAACUAAAUUUAUUCCAAACAAAAUGACAAUAGAAGAAUAUAACUGGUAAAAAAUAAAAUAGUCCAUUUUUUGUUUUGGUUUUACAGCUAUAAAUCUAACUGAUUAAUAGGCUAAUGAUGCUCACUAAUUUUCUUGAGGCAAUAGUCACCUAGGCAGACACUUUAGGUUGACACUUUUAUUCUAAAAGCCUUUUUAAGGGUAAUUUCCUACUUUGAUUACAGGAGUUGAAAUGUAACUUUUCAAAAAGGCUCAAUCCUUACAAGCUUCUCAACAUCAGUUCUUCUGUUAAGUGCUACUGUUCAUUCACAGAGCUGAGAAUUCUGGCAAAGAUCUUUGUCCCAACCCUUCCUAAUAUCCUUGCCUUAUUCUUGAGCAUGGGUUGCAGCAGGGAUUGUGACAGCACUACUUCUAAAAUGUUCAUUUGCAGCCCAGUGCCUCAACAUCAAUUUUCCUUCCUGAGGCUUGGCUUUAGAAAUCACCUUUUGGAAAAACUAUAACUAUUCCCUAGCAAAGAUCAUAGGUUCACUGGAUCUGUCCAUCUGCCGAGCAUGAAUGAACUCACAUGAGUACUAAGAAAUGUGAAGAUCAAGAAAUUCUAUAUUUCCCACUCUAAGUGAGAAAACAUGAUAGGAAAAAGUAUGAAGAGUCUGGUCUUUACUAGAACCUGACAGAGAAGGGAAGGCUUUGGGGCCAUGUUUUCAUGAGACAAACUUCCUGCCAGCCAAUUACACAUUCUCCCAAGAAGAGAAGCAUAGGGCGUCCUGGGCUGCAAAGACACUGAACAUUAUUGAAGAUGUGAUGGGGCAAUGCCAACCCUCUGCUGCUUCCCUCUUGGAGGAAACACUAUUUCCAGAGUGCGGAGAUCAAUCACAGGUCCUGAAGGAAAGUGGUGAUUCCUGUGCUAGACGAUUCACCCGCAGGGAAGGUGGUGAUUCCCGUGCUAGAUGAUUCACUCACAAACCUUCCCGCCCAGGUGUUCUCUGAAAGCUUAGCCUCAAGGGAACACCUAAAGAGCUCCCCUACCUACAUAAACCCCUGCCUCCAAGUGUAGGAACUCACCUUUCUAAAGCGCUGUGGGAAGCAGGAACUAGGCAUCUGUGCUAAGUCAAUGUAGAAUUUCUCCAGCGUUUUAAUGCUGGGUAGAAUAUAGAGCAUAGGGGAAAGGGGCCAAACUGCCUAUAGUUAGUAGAGAAAAAUGAAUGUGGUUCUUUUGUGCAUUUAUGUGUAUCAUAAACACUUGGGAAAGCAAAAACCAUAAGCACCAUUUUGCAGCUUUAUCCAUUUUCCAGUUAGCUCAUGUAAACGAGCACGAAUAACAAAACAGUAUUACUCUUUCGCACUUCUCACAGGACAUGUACCCAAAUACGGUACUUAUUUAUGUAGUCACUGUGUUUCAGGACUUUUACGUUAAUAAAAUUUUUAUUUAAAAUUUUA